AUGCGUCCGUUGACAAAACCCCCACAACAGGUCUACCUGAACACAGUCCAGCACCUUAUGACAGAUAUCUACAAGGUUGAAGAAAAAGAUUCCAUAACAUGCCUUGAAGAACUCUGCCCUAACAAAAGUUCUGAUGAUGUUAUGGCCGCACUGGAAACAGCAAAUGGAAACAUCAAUGAAGCAGCACAAUACUUGUUGGGAGAACAACCAGAACAGAUCUUCAGUACUGAUCACAUGGAGUUCUCACCCUUUAGUACUGCAGACAGUGCUUUCUUUGAAACUGGUCAGGAGAAUUUAUUGGCAGUGGAGAACAGGGAAUCGAUUGUGGUGCACUCAAGCUGGAAUUCUUCAACUUAUGUAUGGAAGAAGCAAAGGCUCCGCUUGUUUGAGGGUGAUCCAAACAAGCUCAUUCCAAGAAGAGGUAUUGGAAGCAAAGGCAUCCAGUUUGAAAUUGCAGGGGCCCUUAUUGCGCACUCAGUGUUACAAGGGGGUCCAGGAUUUCCUUACUUGGCAGAAUGGUUUGUUGACUUGUUAUUUGAGGAUGAAACCUCUAAUACAGUCUGUCUUAUCUCCAAAGAUGACAUACCCAAGAAUGCGAUGACUGAAAAACUUUUCAAUUUUGUUGAGAAGCUUGACUCCUCAAUUAACCAGCAGGCCAUAGAAGAGAUCCUUGAUAACGAUCCCCAAAAAGAAGCAUUUUGGGAAAUUAUCAAUGCCUCAGAAUGGUCAUCAACUGAGGCAAUUACAAUGCAAAACAAAGCUCUCUUAAUACAAGAGCUUAUAACAAAUGAACUGAUGCAAAAAAGAAUGUAUCAAGUCAUUUCCUUUCGUAAAGGGCUUGCAGUGCUUAACUUUUUCCCAAUUUUAAAGAAACACAAGGAUCAAGCCAAGACUCUUCUUUGCUAUCAAGCAUCUGUAAUCACUGCUGAACAGUUCAAGAGUUUACUUCUUCCUAAAGGCGAUCAAACACAUGCUGAAAAGCAAGCAUACACAUGGUUCUUAGACAAUAUUCAAGAAUCAGAAGGGGUCAAGGAUGAUACUUUUCCAGAGGGGAAGUUAAACACAAUUUUAAAGUUUGUCACUGGGCUGUGGACAGUCCCCCCUACAAGGGAAUCUUUGCAAAUUUCUGUUGAAUUUCUUGAAGAUGAUGAUACAGAAAUAUACCCAAAAGCCACAGCUUGUGCAGCAAUCCUCCGUCUGCCAACAGUUCACUCAUCCAGGAAUGGAUUUUUUACAAGAAUGGACCAAGGACUUUCUUUUGGCCAUGCAGGGUUUGCAGAGCUUUGA